AAAAAGGAGCGAAAAAUAAAAGAGAGAGUCGCGGAUUUUACAGUUCCCUCGUAUAUUUUUUCUAGAUCUGUUCUUUCCCCCAUUCUCUCUUCUUCACCUUUGUUUUGAUUUUUUUUUUCUCCUAGGACGAUGAUAUAGAAACUUCUAGAGAAUUUGGAAAACAAAAUUCAGAGAAAAUCAAACAUUGGAAAAAAAGAUGGGAUACGCAAGGAAAGUGGAAGACGACGACAACAACAACAAAUCGUUAUCGUUAUCGUUAUCGUCAUCACUGAAGGAAUCGGUGUUAAUAGAAGCAACUAUGUGCAUAAUCGGAUUGCAAGUUCACGUUCACGUCAAGGAUGGUUCCGUCUUUUCUGGGAUUUUCUACACUGCUUCCCUCGACAACGGCUUUGGCGUUGUUUUGAAGAAUGCAAGAAUUAUUAAGAAGGGAACAAGUGAAGCGAAUGUAGCAAAUGGGAGUGUGGUCGAGACACUUGUUAUUUUGUCUUCCAAUAUUGUUCAAAUCAUUGCACAAGGAGUCUCACUUCCAUCAAAUGUUACAACUGGUAAUAAUGAGGCUGUAAAUGUCAGAUCAGCCACAGAGACUUUACCUUCUCAGCCAUGUGCCAUAAACAACUCCACAGAAUUCUGGAAUGAAGGAAACGACUAUGAUCGUCUGAGGCAGGCUGUGGAUCUUGUGGAGCGUAUUUACCUCCACCAAGAAGAUACUAUUGAUAUGCAAAGCUCAAGUUCUAGCUUAGAUAGUAUGUGCGAACGAGUUAAACCCGUAGAAGAAGAUAAGUUGAUGCCGGAACCUUUUAGCAAUGAUUUUCACGAUACUGCUGAAAGGCCCUCUUCAACUGACAAUUCAUCAUUACAAAGUACAACUGUUGAUGACACCUCAGAGUUGUGUCAGGGUUUAGAGGCAUCUUCAACUGCAUCAGUACCUAUCCAGGCCGUCAAAAAGGCUAAGGAGUUCAAGUUGAAUCCAGAUGCAAAGAUUUUUUCUCCAUCUUAUACGAAACGUCUUCCACCAUCUCCUGUUGGAAUGCCUGAUGUUGGAAAUAUUGCUUAUAUACCAAGCAACAGUCAGAUGCUACCGGUUCCUGAAGCUAUUUACCCAGAAAUUGGAAACAACCCUUAUAUGCCGCAAGCAUCUCCACCUUCCAAGUUUGUACCAUAUGGUAAUUCGACUGCUGGACAUGCUGUCGGUGGUAUUCAAUUUCCUCAACACAUGAUUGGGCCUACUGUGAACAGGGCACAGCCGCAGAGAUUGAACUCUCAGUACCAGGCUGUUCAAGCUGCACCAAUGCUUGUAAAUCUAAAUCCUCAGGUGAUGGUUGCAAGAUCGGGGCAGGGGCAGCUUGUAUAUAUCCAACCAGUUUCUCAGGAUCUGCUUCAAGGAACACUGCCUCUUUCACCUAUGCUCCCCCGUCCUCUACCAACCACUCAACAUGUCCAAUACCUGAAGCAUCAAGGUGUAUUUGCAGCUGGCCAGCCGCAGCAGCUAUGCGCUUCCCAACCGUUCACGGCCGGUGGACUGCAAUCUUACGGCGUUCCUGCCCAAUUUCCAGUUAUGCAGCCUCCUUUUCCCACGAAUCAGCUAAUGACAGUUGCUAUUCCUAACGGUUUCUACACAAAAUUUCCAUAAACGAAGUCUCAUUGUUUUGGGUUUUAUACCUUUAUUCUUUGCCUCUCCAACCUAAUGUCCUGGUUUGGCUCAUAGUUUUUUUUCUUCCUUCUGACGGUUUUGGGUGUUUUGCUCGUUUUUUUGCUAUUAAAUUGGUAAUUCUUUAUUGGAUUGUCUAGUUGAAUUGGGUAUAAACUGUUGUAACAUGUGAAAACAUAAUGAUUCUUUGGAGGAAAAAAGUAUAUUGUAGUGUAGAUCACAUA